AAAAGCUGCUGUGUGAGUGUGUGAGGGUGUGUGUGCCAAGCACUUGGGAGUGGCUUGGGAUAGGAUCCAGCUGAGGAGUUCUGCAGAGACUUGCCUGUGGAAAGCAGAAAGAAAAUAAAGAAGAAGCAGACAGAACAAAGAUAAUUACUUGACAUCCGUGUUGUAGGAUACACGUGAACUUUACGGGGGACGGUUCACUUCUAUCAGAGCUUCUCGAGGAAAGUUUAUUGCUCCCUUGUGUCCGGAACGGAAACUUUCUCCUGCGUUUCACCUGGACUUCAGUUAGGAUGGGAUGGAUUCAUUAAUCAGGCAGAUAUCUGAUUCAGGAGGGAGUUCUGGAGAGAGAGUCAUUACUGAAACAUCAGUUUCAUCAAGCAGACUCACAUCAUUACCACCAAAAGGCUUCAGUGGAUCAGGCAGUAAGAGCAUGACCAGCAGCUCUUGGGGAACCGGCUUUGAGAAGAACAUUCUGACUCAGAACAGCAGCAGCAGCUCUUACUUCUCAUCCUCCUCUGUGGGAGUGAAUGCAGGAGGGUCAGGGUUUGAUUCUGGCCUUUACAUCAGUGAUGAUGUAAUUGGGAGCAGCAAAAGUGGAGGAGGAGGACGAGGAGGCGGUGAAAGUGUGUCUGGAUCAGGCUCAGGGUCAGGGUCAAAGGUCAGAUCCAGUUCAGCAGGUGGAGUGAGAAGGACACAAGGAUCUUCUCCUUCUUUCUUGGAGAGAAAGAGUUCAACCCUUCACUCAGGAGGUUAUGAUGGAAGUUCAAGUGCCAACUCUUCACCGGAGAUGACAAGGAAAGAUUAUGGUGCAUCAAGAGGAAGGUCACAAAGCAGAGAGAGUGAAAUCAGGGCGAGAUUACAAAGUGCAUCACCAUCAACCAGAUGGACAGAGCUGGAUGACGUGAAGAAACUACUGAAAGGAGGUCGCUCUUCCAGUGUCAGCCCGACACGCUCCUCCACCUCCUCCACCCUGCCUGUCCCCCGCAAGGCCACAGUGGAGACCAAGAUUACUACACAAGGCUCCCAGACUGUCUCUGGGCAGUAUGACAGCAGUAUUCUGGAGGCAGCGUUCCCAUCCUACACAUGGACAAGCUCCACACUGCCUUCUAACAUCUCCACAGGGUCGGCUUUUGGCUAUCAAAGCAGCACCAAUAACAUGUCUGUAGGAUCAUCUCUUGCGAAUAGCGCUGCACCUUCCUCACUGUCAGUGUAUGGCUUCCAGAAUAAUCUUGCCUCCCCAUCGAGUGCAGUUCUUACAUCUAAUGGAGUUAACACAUCAUAUGGAACCAGCACGUCUCAUGGAGCCAACAAAUCAUAUGGAUUCAGUACGUCCCAUGGAGCCAACACGUCUAAUGCAGUCAACACAUCAUAUGGAAUCAGUACAUCUCCUGGAGCCAACAUGUCUAAUGGAGUCAACACAUCUUAUGGAAUCAGUACAUCUCCUGGAGCCAAUACAUCAUAUGGAAUCAGUACGUCUCCUGGAGCCAACAUGUCUAAUGGAGUCAACACAUCAUAUGGAAUCAGUACGUCUCUUGGACCCAACACGUCUCAUGGAGUCAACACAGGUUUCCAAGUUAACUCAUCUAAUGGAGUUAAAUCAUCUUAUGGCGUUAACUCAUCUAACAGUGUUAACACACAUUCAGGAUACGGUGUGCAGAAAAACAUCUCCCAGAGUGUCAGUAGCUCUGGUGUUGUCAGCACAGGAGUCUCCACUUCUUCAGGCACUACUGCACAGUCUGCCAAGGAUGAUGUUCCACGAAAAUACAUCAUACUGGAGAAGGAGAAUAUUCCAUCAAAGAAAGAGUCAGAGGUGCUUAUUCUCUCCAAGGACAGCGGAAAGCACUUCACCAGCAGCAUUCACAGUGGAAAAGGAGGCUCUGUUUCAGAUGUCUCACUGAAGAAGGAGACCUUGUUAAGUACCUACACUGAGGCUGCUCCAGUCAAAUCUGCCUCAGGCUCCUACUAUGGAUCUUCGGGGGUGCCAACAAAAGAUAAAGCUACAUAUGCAGAAAUCCGUGAUGAUUCUGGAGCAGGCUGUUUUGGCUGUGGUCCCAGCUGUUGCUCCUGGUGGAAGUGGCUGCUUGGGCUGCUCCUUGGCCUGCUGCUGCUGCUCGGCCUUCUUUUUGGACUUAUCGCCCUCAGCCAAGCGCUUAAUAAACAAGCGGAGGAGGUGAGGGUGUUAAAGGCCCGUGUGGACGCUCUUGAGGGUCUUGCUCCCGGCCGCCGGGGACACACCAGCCGUCUGACUGGCAGUGGUGACAUAAACACCCUGCAGGGUGGCAGAUAUGCGGACGGUGGAGGAGUGCUCAGUGCUGAUAACAAUCUAAAUCUGGGAGCCGCUGAUGCUGGAUCAGACAGUGUGGCUCUGCAGAGGACAGUACAGAGACUAAUGCAAGCUGAACUCCAGUCUCAGGCAUUCAGAGAGAGUCUUGCGUCUUCAGUCAGAGGUGAAAGAGGACUGCCAGGCCCCAAAGGUGACACUGGAACGCCAGGAGUCAAAGGCAUGGAUGGUUUUCCAGGGGCACCAGGUAUUCCCGGAGCAAGAGGAGAUCUAGGACCUGAGGGGCCAAAAGGCCAAAAAGGAAGUGCAGGAGAACAUGGCACAGAGGGACCACCAGGACUUAGGGGCCGAGAUGGGCUUCCAGGGUCCAGAGGAGAGCCAGGCCCAGCAGGCUUUGGAGAAAAGGGUGAAAAAGGGUCUACAGGAGAAGCAGGACAUCGUGGUCCACCUGGUCCAGUUGGUCCACCUGGUCAAAAAGGUUCUGCAGGUAUUAAUGGUCUAUCAGGUAUCCCAGGUGAACCAGGCCCACAAGGCUUCAGAGGACAAAUCGGACCUGCAGGACCAAAAGGGGACAGAGGGUCUUUUGGACCACAAGGACUUAAGGGUGAUCUUGGUGAAAAGGGAGACCCAGGGAUACCAGGAUUUGCAGGGCCUCCAGGGAGACAAGGACCUGCAGGUGAAAAAGGAAUCAAAGGCUCGGCAGGAGAUCCAGGCACUGAUGGAGAAAAAGGACAAAGAGGUGACCAAGGAUCAAUUGGGUUGCCAGGAAUCAGAGGCCCAGCUGGGCCACCUGGUGAACCUGGACCUCCAGGAGUACCAGGGCUUCAAGGACCACCAGGAAUUGCAGGAAUUCCAGGCCAGCCUGGCAUUAAAGGUGACACUGGAGAACCUGGCAGAGUUAUUAAUGCUGCAGUGGGAUCUAGCUCUAUAGCAAUCCCUGGACCACCUGGACCCCCUGGACCAACUGGACAAACUGGAGCUCCAGGAUUGUCAGGUCCUGUUGGCCCUGCUGGUCUUCCUGGACAACCUGGUCCUAAAGGUGAAAAAGGUGAUCAAGGAGAAGCUGGAAUCUCAGUGGAAACCAGGGAGACAGUCAGCUCCACUAGAUCUGAGAGACAGUUCGGCUCUUCCGCAUCAGGUUCCUCCCAGGUUGUUCAGGGUCCACCUGGACCACCUGGUCCACCAGGGCCUCCUGGACGCCCAGGAGACUCCAGGCCUGGACCACCAGGAGAACCAGGUCAACCAGGAUAUGGAAGACCUGGACCAAGAGGAGAGAAGGGAGAUAGAGGAGAACCUGGCAGUUUUGUGCCCAACUCUGGGACCUAUUUCGCUGGACCACCAGGACCACCUGGGCCUGCAGGACCUAAAGGAGACACAGGAGCCCAAGGACCAAGGGGAUACCAAGGGGCGCAAGGUCAGCCUGGCCUGCCUGGAAGACCAGGCGGAUCUGGAGAUGUCACUAGAUACAAUGGUUAUGGUCCUCCUGGGCCACCUGGGCCUCCAGGGCCACCGGGCCCACAGGGCCAGAAAGGUGAUGAUGGAGUUCCAGGCAGUCCAGGAAUCCCAGGAACUAUAAGAGGUUCCUAUGCAGUUGGUUCUCAAGGGCAGCGUGGACUCCCAGGCCCACCUGGACCACCUGGACCUCCCGGGCAAUCUGCAUCCAUUUCUGAAUAUCGCCGUUACAUCAUGGACUACAUGCAGAGUGACAGCAUGAGGCAGCAGCUGUCUAGUAUUCAGGGCCCUCCUGGUCCUCCUGGGCCUUCAGUGUCUAUUGAGGAUGUGGCUUCUCGGGUCAUUGCCUAUCUUCAGCGUUCUGGAUUUAUUGGCGCAGUGAGCAGUGGAUCAAGCAUUGGAGUAAGCAGUGGAUCAAGCAGUGGAUCAAGCAGUGGAUCAAGCAGUGGGUCAAGCAGUGGAGUAAGCAGUGGAAGGAGUGCUGGAGUUAGCGGUGGAGCGAGUGGAGGAGUUGGUGGUGGAGUUAGUGGUGGAGUAAGCAGUGGAUGGAGCAGUGGAACAAGUGGUUUAACAGUCAGUGACAUCAUUGCGUUAUUACAGAGGGAUGAUGUUAGGCGCUAUGUCAUUGGCCCUCCAGGCCCACCUGGCCCACCAGGAGGUGUAAGCCUAGCCAACUUAGACACACAGGAAGUGGCAAACUAUGUCAUCAGAAUAAUGAACGAGCGAGGGCUGACUGGUAGACCUGGAGCUCCUGGUCCACCUGGUCCUCCUGGACUUCCUGGCCAACCAGGGUCUUCCUAUAGUGACAUCACUGCUUUGAUAGAAAGAUCAGGGCUUGGUGGAAAUGUUGGUCGUCCAGGACCUCCCGGUCCUCCAGGGAGACAAGGCCUACCUGGCCCAGCUGGCCCUCGUGGACCUGCAGGCCCAUCUGGCUCAGGUUCUGGGUAUCGGCUUGAAGACAUCCAGGUGUAUCUGCAGAAUUCUGGGUUAUCUGGUCGCCCUGGCCUACCUGGACCACCAGGCCCACCAGGACCUCAGGGGCCUCCGGGAAACACUGGGGUUAUAGUUUCGCAUGACAGAGCAAGCCAAAGCUCACUUAUUCGUGCUGAGCUUCAGGAGUACCUCAGCAGUGACGCUAUGCGUCGUUUCACUUCUGGUCUCCCUGGGCCUGCUGGUCCUCCUGGGCCUCGAGGUGAGAAGGGUGACAAGGGUGAACCUGGUUACAGCACUGGAGGUGGAUAUUACUAUGGAGCUGAUCGUAAUGGAGCCAGGCUUGCUGAAACAGACUACUCCAAUGUUGCUCUCAGAGUAACUGACUACAUUCGGCGCCAAGGUCUGCUUCAGGAAAUGAAUGAAGAGUAUUGGCGAGGGCAAUCCAUGGGCAUCCAAGGACCACCUGGGCCUCCUGGUCCCCCUGGUCCCGCUGGAUACAGCCGUGUUUUUUCUUCCUAUGGGAACGUGACUGGAGAUCUGAUGGAUUUCUUUAGGAUACAUGGCACGAUUCCAGGCCCUCCUGGUAUUCCAGGACAUAAGGGGGAUCGAGGAUAUCCUGGACCCAAAGGAGAGAAAGGUGAGGUGGGACGGCAGGGAAUACCUGGUGUUCAGGGUCCGAGAGGACACCAGGGGCCAAGAGGAGAAAAGGGUGAGAAAGGUGAAACCCAGUUUGGUCGGCGGAGAAGAAGCAUUGGUGUGUAGGGGAAUACUCUACUGCUGGAUCAGCAACAACAAGCUUUUCAACUUUAUAGUGGCUUUUUUAUACGGUGAAGCAAACAUUGUAGAAGGAGGAAGCACACGCACUGUCUUUGCUUUCUAUGUUUUCUCUAGAACAAUGUAGUUCAGCAGGAGCUAGCCAAUGUCAUACUUUCAAAUAUUCAUGAUUUUCUGGUUAAAAUGCAUGGCCAUGGCAAUUCAAUUUAAUUUACGCAAAAAAUGAUGUCAGAUAGUAUUAUUAUUUUUUAUAAUUGAAAGUAGUGUUUGUGUAUUUGUACUAUUGUUUUUUACUAGCAACAAAUGUUACUUUUAUGAAAGGUAGAACCUUUAAGGUUUUGUUUUUGCACUUUGAGGAAAUAUUAGAAUGUAUUGUAAUGAGAUAUAGCUUUUUAAAAAAGCUAAUUUUACUUUAUUUCUUAUUAAAAUAAUUUUUCAGCAAGCUAAAUUUGAUGACCAAAUUUAAUAAAGAUUACAUUAUUACAAAUGUUUAAUGUACAUUAAUCAAAUCAUUCUCAUCAGAACUCAUGAAACUUAUCAAAUGACACCACUAAUGUCUUGAAAAACCCUUUCCAUAGUAUUAAUCAUGAGUUAGAAAUGAUAUUACUGUAGGAAUUUGAAGUAAUGGGACGGCAGAAUUACUAUAAGGUCAACUACGUUUCUGAUGAGCCCAUUUUCACAACUUUAGCUCUACUUUUGCUCACAAGAAAAAUGGGUUGGUUCAGACAGAAGGUGCUAUCUUCUGAACUGUGUAUCAGAUCCAGAUGUAAAUACCUGAAAAUAAAAGCUGAAAAGUUUUUUCUCAAAAGUUUUGUCUUCCAGACCCUGCGCCCAUUACAAUGGACAACAUGUAUAUUUUUUUCACUAUUCACCGGCAACUAAAACCCCAAAACUUUAAAGUACACAUGGUUAUAGUAAAGAAUAUUCACAGUGUUACUGUGUGUUUAUUUGGGCCAAAGCUUGCUCUACAAAAGCUGUAAUACUCUGUAAUUAAUGUUUUAAUUACUAUUCGUGUUAUAAAAUAAUAUGUUGUGACUUUCUGUAAUUUAACAAUUCUUUACUUAUUUUUCUGUUAACUUUUUUUACAGUGCAGAAUAGAGCACAAGUCACCCAUUGCACUGGAAAAAAAUUAUAUUGCAGCAAUAGAAAACUCGUUUUUACCAAAUUUCUGUUAUUUAUAACACAUUUAAUCAUGUUUGUUUUGCUGUUUAGGGAUGGUUUGUGAAAUAAAAAUGUAUUUAGAACAUAAGAGUCAGCAUUACAGACAGCAUUCAUAUAUUUUCAUAUAAUCAUAUAGUUUUCUCAUCAGUGGAAAAUAAUUCAGGUCUAAAAGGGUUUUCUAAAAAUCUUUUUAAUGACAAAUUCAAAAAAUCCACCCAUCUCUGUUCUCAGUGUAAUGUUUAUUAAAUGUUCUGACUGUUUGGGGCUAAAUGCUAAAACAGAAAAUUAAAUGUAAAAACUCAUUACAAAUGUAGUGCAGUGUACCCUUACAACCAGAAUUUCAGGAAAUAUAUAUAGAUUUUUUUUUCUUUAUUUUCAAAUUUUUCUAUUUUUGCAUUCUACAAGUUGGAUUAUACUGUCAGGUUUGUGUUAUAAAAAAUGGACAAAUCUGAAAAUCGAGAGAAGAUUCAACUUUUCAUUCUCUUUGAGAAAAGCUCAAAUAAAAACUAGAUGAAACAUUGGAUAAAAAACAAUUUCUUCUUCACUAUGCCAUAGACUGUGUACAUGUAUCUUUUUUUU